UUUUGCUGCCAGUGCUGGUGAGCAAGUGCUGACUGAGAUGAUCAGCUGACUCUGGCGGAGGAGGAAGAGGGAUGAAGAAGAUGGAAGGAAACAGAGAUGAAGCAGAAAAAUGUAUUAAUAUAGCGACGAAAUCUCUCGAAGCCGGAGAUAAAGAGAAAGCGUUGAGGUUUCUCAACAAAGCAGAGAAGCUGUAUCCAACCGACAGAGCCAAAGCUUUGUUGGACGCGUUAACAAAGAAUGGGAGCUCAGCAGGUAAUGGUGCAUAUCGUAGGAGAGCAGCCGAAAGCACCGGUGCCCAGCCAGAAAAGGAAAGCCGAGAGUCUGGAGGAGGCGAGUCUUCUAAAGGCUUCACCAAAGAGCAGGUUGAAGGAGUGCAAAGAAUAAAGCGGUGUAAGGACUACUAUGAAGUGCUGGGUGUCAGUAAAGAAGUCAACGAGGAUGAGCUAAAGAAAGCUUACAGGAAACUAGCGCUCAAGUUCCAUCCAGACAAAAAUCAUGCACCUGGAGCCACAGAGGCCUUUAAAAAGAUUGGUAAUGCAUACGCAGUGCUGAGCAACCCAGACAAAAGACGGCAGUAUGACCUGACAGGAGGAGAGGAGCCGAGCAGCACGGGUCACUCCCACGGAGGAGGAGGAGGAGGAGGCUUUGACUUCCACAGGGGCUUCGAAGCCGACAUCACUCCUGAGGACCUCUUCAACAUGUUCUUUGGAGGUGGCUUCCCCUCCUCAAGUACACACACCUUCACCAACAGCAGAACGAGCUAUAGCAAUCAGACGGAUUCCCGACAAGAGAGAACGGAAGAAAGGGGAGAUGGUGGUUUCUCAAUGUUUAUCCAGCUGAUGCCCAUCGUGGUCCUGAUUUUAGUGUCAAUACUGAGCCAGAUGAUGGUGUCCCCUCCCCCCUACAGCCUCUACUCUAGACCGUCCACGGGUCAGACCAUAAAACGGCAGACAGAUAACCUGAAAGUCGACUACUACGUCUCUAGAGAUUUCAAGUCGGAGUUUAGGGGCUCGGCGAUGCAGCAGAUUGAGAAAAAUGUGGAGGACGACUACGUAUCUAAUGUGAGAAAUAACUGUUGGAAGGAGAAGCAGACAAAAACGGACCUGCUGUAUGCUGCUAAGGUAUACAGGGAUGACCGAAUGCGCAAGAAGGCAGAACUUAUGACCAUGGAUAACUGCAGGGAGCUGGACAGACUAAAUAGCCUAUUCAGAGGAGGAUGAGUUGGGCUCUUUAGAUCAUGUAAAUGUAUAUGAAUAGAUGUGUAUGUUCAUGUUUUUUUUAAGGAAGAGUCUUUACACUAGAAGCAAAAACUUAAUGAAAUAAAUUAGCUCUAUUGUAGAUGUUAUAAAAUGUCUCCCCCCGUAACCUCCUCACUCCAGCCUGACCCCAGGAACCGCCUUGUUACAUCUUAAUGAACCAAUCUACAUUCGCUGUAGAAAGCCACAGACCUUUUUUUUUUUUUUUUUUUUUUUUUUUACUCUGCUUUUCUUGUAUUUUCCUGAAAACAAGAUGGACAAGGACACUUGAUUGUAAAGGCAUGUGCUUUGAGUAGUGAGAACCCAAACAAAUCACUGUCUUAAGAUCAACAAACCACUUUUGGCAUCAUCUGCUUGACACAAAUAUAAGAUGAGAGACUUUGCAGGUUCGUUUGGAGGGGCUGUCCUCCAGCCACGUCUGUUUUGUGAAGAACACCGGAAGAAAAGAAAACAACACAAGGCUUCUUCUAGCUUCCUACUUACCUCCGAGUGUGGUUGAAGAUCAAUGGAUCAUAAAGAGAUGCCUGUGAUUUUGCUACUAGAGAACAUUUUAUGUCGUCAUCUUCAAAAAUGUGAAGUUGGUUGGGACUAAACAUGGAAGGCCAAUGAAGCUGUUCUUCUUAAAUGGUUGUACAUUUUCAUUUUUGAAUGUUUGAAGUUUAUGCAUUUAUUUAAGAAACUAUAGAAGAAACUAAAAUUUUCUUCGAUGCUCACCUAAUCAUUUAAAUAAAGUUAAAUUAUUACCGUAGA